GGAAAACAGAUACUACACGGAUGAUGGAGUCCCAAGUUUCUUGGGAGCAGAGCCAUCGUCUCCGGCGAAAUCAAGCAUUUUAGGUACCGGAAACCUAAACCCAUUCUUUUUCCGAUGAUAUUUUGUGGAUUUAUUUGAAUUUACUAAACUGGGUUUGUAAUCUUUUUGCCUCUAUACCAUCAAGAAACUCUCAAUUUCGAUUUUUUUCCUAAAAGAAUGAUGAACUGUGUCAAAGUAAGCUCCUUUAUACAUGCUAUUUGUUCCUAUAAAAGAUUUUGUCACUUUGAAUCCAAAUCCCAUCUGGGUUUUGGUUCUUUAGACUCACCAAUUAGAGCUAGUGUUGGAAUUUUCUGGGAUUUAGAUAACAAACCACCUAAGUCAUUUCCACCAUUUGAUGCUGCCACUAAGCUCAAAAAGGCAGCUGGACAAUUUGGGGUUGUGAGAUUUACAGUAGCUUAUGCUAAUCGACACGCCUUUAGUUAUGUUCCUCCUUUAGUUAGGCAGCAAAGGAAAGAGCGGAAAACAUUGAAUUUGUUGGAGAAAAGUGGGGUUGUUAAGGUUGAGGAUCCUUAUAUAUGUAGAGUGUGUGGGAGGAGAUUUUAUACUAAUGAGAAGCUUGUGAAUCAUUUUAAGCAAAUUCACGAACGUGAGCAGACGAAAAGGUUGAAUCAGAUUGAGUCUGCUAGAGGUAAAAUGAGGGUGAAGUUGGUGGCUAAGUAUGCAAUGAAGAUGGAUAAGUAUAAGGGUGCUGUUAGGGAUGUUUUGACCCCGAAAGUUGGGUAUGGUUUGGCGGAUGAUUUGAAACGGGCAGGUUUUUGGGUUAGGACUGUCUCGGAUAAGCCACAGGCUGCUGAUGUUGCAUUGAGGAAUCAUUUGGUUGAUGUAAUGGAUAAGAGGAUGGUGGAUUAUGUGGUUCUUGUGUCUGAUGAUUCUGAUUUUGUGGAAGUGUUGAAGGAGGCACGGUUGAGGUGUUUGAAGACAGUGGUUGUUGGUGAUAGUAAUGAUGGGGCUCUUAAGAGGACAGCGGAUGCUGCUUUCUCGUGGCAAGAGAUUAUGAUGGGAAAGGCCAAGAAAGAAGCUGUCUCUGUUGUUGGACGAUGGAAGGACCGAGAUGUUUUGAAAAGAUUGGAGUGGACAUAUGAUCCUGAGGUAGAGAAAAAGUUGUAUUACUCUGAAGUUGAGAGUGAUGAUUCUGAUGGAAUCUUUUCUGGGGAAGAUGAUAAAGAGGAUGUUGAUGCUUCCAUCUCGAAGGAAGAUGCUCAUGCGUGGUGGAAGCUGGACUCUCGUUCAGGACAUGAUUGAUGCAGCAACUGAUUAUUGUCUUCAGCUUCAUUCUUAUAAGAAGGAGAUAUGAACUGGUGAUUCCACCAUCCUCAGAAUGCUUUCCUAACGUGGAGGUUUACAAUGCAGAAAGUUGUUAGCUCAGAAUUCUCAGAUCAAAAUGAGUGCAAAGGAAUUGAUGCAGAUUGAGCCCCAGCAGCUAUGCAACGUACUAAAUGAAAAAAGGGAGAAAAUUAACCUUGUGCCUAAUCGCCUCCAAAACUUUCAUGAAUUAGGUCCGACGAAUUUUGAAUCAUGAGUAAGGCGGAACAGAGAACUGAAAAGCUCGUCAUACAUCAAACACGGAAAGUUGCAGCUCUAGUAAGGAACAAGGUCGGGGUACAACAAUACAAAAUGAUGUUCAAGCAGUAAAGGACAUUUGCUAAAUUCAAUUGAAGAGCAACAACUACCUACAAGAACCAACAACAACCAUGAAUAGAAGCCUCAAUUUAAGCAGAAGUAUGUCCUUUUACUGUAUUCGACUGCGCUUGCAAUAAAUGAACAAGCUUAAUAACAAAGCAAGUACAGAUAUAUUAUGUUUAUGUUGAAAAAAAACAUUUAUAUAGUUAUUUGAAUUGAAUAGAGAUCCAUUUUUCUUCCCAUAUAGAAACAACAACAUUUUCAUGUCAAUA